UGUCGAAAUUACUAUCAGAACAUCCACAGAUUGUAUGCACCGGUAGGCACAUACCUGUCAUGUACAUGGAGCAAUUAUGAGCAUUAUCAUUAUUAACCUGAACCAGACAUAGAGUGUAUAAAUAACAAUAGAUAAGUAGAUAACAAUAGUAGAUAAUAUCAAAACAACGCGAUCAAAAUGGCCACGUACGACUCGGACCAAAAUUAUUUUUCGAAAAAUUUAGACGACAGGAACAAUACAAUAUGGGUUCCUCUUUCCUUAACGUUAGUAGAAUACCCAAAAGGAGAUGCUUUUGGUAAAAUUCUAGCUUUUAUUAGCCUGGCACCUUUUGGAAUUGGUGCUGGGUUUGUAACUCUUAUUUUGUUUAGACGAGAUUUACAUACGAUUACCUUUUUCCUGGGUACUGUUUGUUCAGAAAUUUUGAACUAUCUUAUAAAGCAUGCCAUACGUGAACCAAGACCAAAAGUAAGACCUGAUGAUGCUGUUGAGUAUGGCAUGCCAUCUUCACAUUCUCAAUUUGUAUGGUUUUUUUCAACAUAUGUUGUCUAUUUUGUUUUUAUUAGGACUGAAUCCUAGGGUGAGCCAUAUUAAAUCAGUUGACUUUAAUUCACUCAAGAAGUACUUAAAAAUGUUUUUUUGGUUUACCAUUUUCACUAUUCACAGAAGUAUACAUGUAUACUGGAAUUACUAUACAUGAAGAUCGAACAGUAAUACAAUAAUUAAACAAGAUACUGGUAUGUACUUGAGGAUAUGUGUAACAAUUUUGUAUACCCGCUGUUGUUCUUUUCUUAUCAAAAAUGUCACACCAAAAAUAUGGUUGGUUGUAAUAUAAGAUUUCUUAUAAUUCAUUUAACCCAUACUGAGAAGCUUUGGUUUUUCUUUUCAAAUAGUUCUACUCUAGGAUUUAAUCUUAAUCAUGGGCAUGUUUGAACUUUUACUUAAAAGGAUUUACUUGUGUAUUUAAAUGAGUAUAAUUCCAUUACUAUUUUCAUCUAAUUGCUUAUCUACUUCAAUAUAUGUAUAUGAAAACUUUUGAUGAGUUUUAAAUAAAGUUUAUUAGGGAGGGGCAGCUACUAUCCUCUGAAUAUGCCCAUGAUCUCAAUCAAUGUAAAAAACCAAAAAGAGGUUUAUCAUUUGAGAGUUCCAAUUACCUACAUUUCUGUUUAUGAUAUCUG